CGGCACGGGUCCCCUCCCGACGCCUCGCCGAGGACGCCGGCCGUUCGCCAGCCCCGCCGCCUGCUCCCUGCUCCGGCCUCGCCACCCCACGCUGCCACCAUGAGCCAGUCCUACUCCUCCAGCCAGCGGGUCUCUUCCUACCGCCGCACCUUCGGCGGCGGCUCCCCGGUCUUCUCCCGUGCCUCUUUCGGGGGCAAGGGCAGCAGCGGAAGCUCCGUCACCUCCCGCGUCUACCAGGUGUCCCGCACCUCGGCCGUCCCCAGCCUGUCCAGCUUCCGCACCACCCGUGUGACGCCCCUGCGCUCUUACCAAAGCGCCUAUCAAGGUGCCGGUGAGUUGCUGGACUUCAGCCUGGCCGAUGCCAUGAACCAGGAGUUCCUUCAGACCCGCACCAAUGAGAAAGUGGAGCUGCAAGAGCUCAAUGACCGCUUCGCCAACUACAUCGAGAAGGUGCGCUUCCUGGAGCAGCAGAAUGCCCUGAUGGUGGCCGAGGUGAACCGCCUGCGGGGCAAGGAGCCCACCCGUGUGGCUGAGAUGUACGAAGAGGAGCUGCGAGAGCUACGGCGCCAGGUGGACCUGCUCACCAACCAGCGCGCCCGAGUCGAAGUCGAGCGUGACAAUCUGCUCGAUGACCUGCAGAAGCUCAAGCAGAGGCUACAAGAAGAGAUCCAGCUGAAGGAGGAGGCUGAGAACAACCUGGCUGCUUUCAGAGCUGAUGUGGAUGCAGCCACAUUGGCACGCAUUGACCUGGAAAGGCGCAUCGAGUCCCUGCAGGAGGAGAUUGCCUUCCUCAAGAAGGUUCACGAAGAGGAAAUCAGGGAGCUGCAGGCUCAGCUGCAGGAACAGCACAUCCAGGUGGAGAUGGACGUCUCCAAGCCCGACCUGACAGCUGCACUGCGGGACAUCCGUGCUCAGUAUGAGAGCAUCGCUGCCAAGAACAUUGCUGAGGCUGAGGAGUGGUACAAGUCCAAGGUGAAUGACCUGACACAGGCAGCAAACAAGAAUAACGAUGCACUGCGGCAGGCCAAACAGGAGAUGUUGGAGUACCGGCACCAGAUCCAGUCCUACACCUGUGAGAUUGAUGCUCUCAAGGGCACGAACGACUCACUGAUGCGUCAGAUGCGGGAGAUGGAGGAGCGCUUUGCAGGGGAGGCUGGUAGCUACCAGGACACCAUUGCUCGGCUGGAGGAGGAGAUCCGGCACCUGAAGGAUGAGAUGGCUCGCCACCUGCGCGAGUAUCAGGACCUGCUCAAUGUCAAGAUGGCCCUGGAUGUGGAGAUUGCCACAUACCGCAAGCUGCUGGAGGGCGAGGAGAGCCGGUGAGUGGCAGGAGGGGCAAGACAAGGUGGAGGGACUAGCAGGUGAAUUGCGGGCCCCACGCUUUGAGCAGACACCUGAGGGCCAGGGCUGGCUGGCACUGAGUUCUCCCUUCUGUGUCCCCACAGGAUCAACAUCCCCAUGCACCAGACCUUUGCCUCUGCGCUCAAUUUCCGAGAGACCAGCCCAGAGCAACGCGGCUCUGAGGUGCACACCAAAAAGACCGUGAUGAUCAAAACGAUCGAAACCCGUGAUGGGGAGGUGGUGAGCGAGGCAACCCAGCAGCAGCACGAAGUGCUGUAGAGGAGGCUGCUCUGGCAGCCCACAGGCACCUUCCAUCCCUGCCUCCGUCCCGACGCCAAGCCCCCCUCCUGCCCCCACCUUGUCCCCGGCACUCCCCUGGCAUUGCCUGAGGGGUCUCCCCCUGUGCAAUUGCCUCCGGGCUCCUUGCAUGCCCCAGGCUCUCUCCCUUGGCUUCAAAACGCUCGCUCUGCUUUUGCAGCUUCGCAGCAGCAACGCCAGCAUCAGGAUCAGGCCCGGGCCGGGGAAGGGGGGUGGCAGGAGGGAGGGAGGCAGGGGACAGGCAGGAGGGGCUGGGGGGAGCAGGUGGUGGCCUGGGACAGCUCCCCAGAGAGCUGGACGGUCCCAGCAGCAGGUUCUGCAUCCCCCCACAGUCCCCUCCCCGCACCAGGCAUGGGCUUGGGGUUCAUCCUGCGGGAUCAGGGACCCAUCCCCUGUCCUCCCGCACCAGCACCACCGGCCUCCCCAGAGCUGGCACUUCUCUGGGUGCAUGGUGGCGGUGCCAGGGAUGGGGAGAACUGAGGUCCAGGCCAAGCCCCCUGUUCUCCACCUGGGUCCAAGCCAAGGUGUUCCCAACCUGCAUUCCUCCCUGCCCAGGGGAGCUGGGGUCCUACUCUCCCCCCUGGCCCGAGAGGCAGCCCCUUGGGGCAGAGAAGGGCAGCGCCCACCCCCAUCAUGGGGACCCCCAGCAGCAGAGGCCAGGCUUGUGAGCCAAGAGGGUACUCGUAGGUGGACACAGGAGAGAGGAGGAGUGAAUGAGUGGGAGAGAGGGGUGAGAGAAGGAGAAGAGCCGGAGAGAGGCCUGGGGGUCAGGGCAGGUGCCUCCACCCCUUGCCCCACAGCACCCCCACCCCACUGCGUCUAUAUGACUCUUCAGACGGCUGAAAUAAACAGUGGAGCAUCA